AAGAGUUUACUUGGUUGUGGCAUUAAAAAUGAGUUUCCUACAAACGCCAAUGGCCGCACUGAGAUGGCUUAUGUUCGGUUUUGGACUAUUAAUUACGUUACCAGUUUGCUUCGCUGGUCCACAUGAGAAACGUCUACUACAUUCACUUUUGGACAACUACAACAGCCUGGAAAGGCCUGUAGUCAACGAAUCCGAUCCAUUACAGUUAAGUUUCGGCUUAACGCUUAUGCAAAUCAUUGAUGUGACUUGUAUGCAUUUAUUUGCACUUCAACUCAUGUCCCGCGCACUACCGACUGACCUUUGCCUGGUAAGCAACGCCAGUGGAAGACAGAGUGGAAGAGCAGCUACAGCAACUACAGUAGCGCCUCAUUUAUCUGCUCAUCCAUUCGAUGUCUGUGAUGUGGUUGCUUAG